UAUUGUUGCUGUUGCUAUUGUUUUUAUUAUUGUUAUUCACCUGCUUGUAUGUGUGUGCCGGUGAGUGACGGUUCUCAUAAGGCUGUCAGUCAGACUGGAGCUGUCCACGGUUCACCCUUUAUUCAGCCUGCCGUUAGGAUAAGCGCGAGCGUUCACGUUGCCUCAUUUCCUGUAGUUGAGUCUCUGCCGAGAGAGAGAGAGCGCGCUGAGGAGAGGGAGAGACAGAGACAGAGACAGAGAGAGAGAGAGAGAGAGAGAGAGAGAGAGAGAGAGAGAGAGACAGAGGGGGAGGCUGGUUCCUGAUACCGAGACACGGAAAAGCAGGGGAGGGAGAGUUUGAGGGGAAAAAAGAGACAGGCGGAGAGAGGGGGAGAGAACAGGGGAAUUACACUGACGGACACAAAAGCGUCGUGGGGAGAAACUGAACACAGAAUUUCUCACAUCUUCCGUCUCUCACAGGGUCACGCCAAACACUGAAGCUCGAGGCAUCGACAACGCUUGAACCCAGAACUCAUGGGUUAACAGACUCUGUCCAGAAGACGCAGCCACCCAGUAAAUCCAAUGAAUAACCGGAAGGAAGACAUGGAGAUCACGUCGCACUACCGGCAGCUACUGCGCGAGCUGAACGAGCAGCGGCAGCACGGCAUCCUGUGCGACGUGUGUGUCAUCGUGGAGGGCAAAAUCUUCAAGGCUCACAAGAAUGUGCUGCUGGGCAGCAGCCGCUACUUCAAGACGCUCUACUGCCAGGUAAAGAAGGGCACGGAGCAGCAGGCCACGAUCACGCACCUGGACAUCGUGACGGCUCAGGGCUUCAAGACCAUCCUGGACUUCAUGUACUCUGCUCACCUGGCGCUCACCAGCAAGAACGUCAUUGAGGUGAUGUCAGCCGCCAGCUAUCUGCAGAUGACCGACAUCGUGCAGGCGUGCCACGGCUUCAUCAAGGCUGCGCUGGACAUCAGCAUCCGCUCCGAGCUGGCUGACGAGCUGGCUGACAUGGAGAUGGGCGUGGUGGGCUCAGUGGGUGCCGGAAUGGGGCCAGGGGGAGCAGGGGGCGUAGCCUCAGAGGCACUGGCAUCCAUGAUCUCAGCCCGCAGCUCCUCACCAUGGCUAAACCGUCGCACUAGUCCAGCUAAUUCAUCAGGGGACUCAGCCAUUGCUAGUUGCCAUGGUGAAGGCGGCAGCACCUAUGGCAAGGAGGACCAGGAGCCUAAAAGCCAUGAAAGCCAGGAAGACGCCUGUUCGCAGCCUCUGUGGCCUGCCGACUAUCGCUCUGUCCAGGUUAAAGAGGAGCAAGUGUCACCCUCUAACGUGCGGGAUGGGGCCGGGGGCAGCCGAGAGGCGCAGGGAACGCCUGGAGAGCAGGGGAACAGAGGCGGGGAGGGGGGCUGGCAGGCGCCUGGCUCAGGCCGCAGAAAGAAUCGGAAGAACAAGGACACAGUCAGACACAUCACGCAACAGAACGAGGGCGACAGUCGGGGAGGCUCGCCACUGCCUUCCAUGCUGUCCACGACCAACUGGAACAACUACAACCAAGACAUUCCAGGUGCAGACGAGGCUGAGCCUAGUUCAGACAGCCGGGGUGAGCGGAUGGACUUUUUUGUGAAGCAGGAAGAGGCUGGGGAGGCAAGCUUCAUGAGCUCGUCGUUGGCCAGCGAGAGGGAGGAGGCUGGGGGCCGGAAUCAGGAGCGAAGUGGCUCUGUGGCCAACCUGAGGGCGGCGCUAAUGAGCAAGAACAGCCUGCUGUCUCUGGGAGCCGAAAUGCUGAGUGAGGAUAACCCCCUGCUGUUUGAUUACCUUCCCAAAGGAGGACAUUCACUGUCCCCAGUAAAUGACUUCACGGUGAUCAGGAAGAAAUUCAAGUGCCCGUACUGCAGCUUCUCCGCUAUGCACCAGUGCAUCCUGAAGAGGCACAUGCGCUCACACACAGGCGAGAGACCAUACCCCUGCGAAAUCUGUGGGAAGAAGUUCACCCGCCGUGAACAUAUGAAGAGGCACACACUGGUGCACAGCAAGGACAAGAAGUACGUGUGUAAGGUAUGCAGUCGCGUCUUCAUGUCGGCUGCCAGUGUGGGUAUCAAGCAUGGCUCCCGGCGCCACGGUGUAUGUGCGGACUGCUCAGGCCGGGGCAUGGCCGCCCUGCUGGACCAGAACGGCGAGGACGCCUCCCCGGAGGAGGAGCUCCUCUACCCCGGCGACCACCGCUUCCCUGGAGACCACCGCUUCCCCGAUGAUGGUGCGGACGGCGAGGAAGAGAUGAUGGCGGAGGCAGAGCUGAUGGGAGAAGGGGAAGAGGAGAGCAGUAAGUGGCCGGCAGACUCAGGGAUGUCGCAGCGCGACGAUGGAGCCACGGACGAUGGCAAAGAGGAGAGCGAUUCGGCCCAGGAAGGCGAGGCGCGGGGCGGCAGCGAGAAAGACUUUGCGUGGAUCUCUUAGUUCAAAGCCAGAAGGCAAGGUCCAAUCCUGAAGCGCCUGUUUCCCCUUCUGAUGGGGUGUGUGCUCGAUCUGAAGCGCCAUAGUCAGAUCGCUGUGUGUGGAGGGAGCCGCACACGCACACAUACACACACAAUCACAACCACACAGAUCCUAGAGAUGCAGGCAGGGCUGUCAGAGAAGAGUGGGCAGUCUUCUCUUCAUGACCCUGUGUCUGUCCGGCCUUUGCUUCGUCUCCUUCUUUCUUCCCUCGCAAGGACCAGAUGGGUUUGAGCGUUGGUGUUUUAUAUAUAUAUAUAUUUUUUCCUGACCAGAGAGAUUCAAAGUGUCUUAGAGUCGCUGUUAAUCAGUAGAAUACGCUGACGGGUCAGAGAAAGGAAGCAUACGACCAGUGUGGUCUUGCCAUGCAGUCACCAGCGGGUGCUGUCUUAUCUAUUGCAAAGCUGUAUAUGUCAAAGGACUUUCAGCAGUUUUUUAGCACAUUGUUUUCUGCAAAGAAAAACUGCCACAGACUUGCACUUUAACAAACAUUUACUAGAUUCCUAUCAAUUCCUUGUUUCUGUGGUUUACAUUUUUAUUCCAAUUUACAUAGACAAAUAUGGUGACCGCACCUACCUUUAAAUAUACGUGUCCUCAUGACUGUUAUAUAUGAAUAUUUGUGCAGAACUUGCUGAUUAUAAUGUAUGCCUUUUAAUAUUUUUCUUCCUCUGCCACUUAAGUUUUCCUAAAUCAUGUACACAUGAAUACGUACAUUUGACAGUUUUGUGUUGGUCAAAGAAAGACAAUGGACAGAAGAGAGAAAGAGAGAACACUAUGCAGAAAUGAAUCUUUCUAGUUCUCAACAAUCUUUCUUCUGUAUUAUGGAGGAGUCGCAAAAGUUACUGAGGAAGUGAGAGAGAAAGAGAGAGAGAAACUGCUAGGUUAGGGUAUAUAUUUAGAGUAAUGGGAAUAUUACUUUUGUCCCUCUGUAAUAUUUCUGUAUAACUUGCAUUCCAUAUCUCAUUAUCAGGGGAAAGGCUUAAUUUAUAAAGGGAAUAUCCAGUGAGAGGUGUGUAUGUGUGAGAGUGCGUUGAUGUGUAUGCAUAUGUGUGAGUUGUAUGCAUGUUACACCCCAGAGAUGGCGGCACUGUUGAAAGUGAGAUGCUUAGGAAAAUAUGAAUCCAACUAAAAUCACAGAACAGUUUUACUGCUGUAGAUGAUUCUUAUUAUUGUUAUUAUUAUUUUUCAGUCUCUCGCUUUUUCUCUCACUCUCUAUUUUAGAGUACUUUGCAGUUACUUGCAGUCUUUUCUGUUGUACUAAAUUCACUCUCUGCCUCUGGAAUCUAGAAACCUCUGUAAUUUGACAGGGAGAAACCAUGCCUUCCCCAAACACACUUACGAUUCUUAUGUUUACAUCUGGAAUCAGAAACGUAUGCAUUGAGUUUUUUAUUUAAUGAACCACACCAGAUGUUUGAUCUUCUGUAUGAUCUUGCUCUUUUUCUUUUCUCUUUUUCUUUCUUUCCGCCUGUUUUCUCCUUCUCUUAUUGAUAUAAGUUAAAAAUGAUGAAACGUAAAAGGUUUUGUGUUGGAAGUCCAUCGAGUCUGGCGCAUGCUGUAAAGUGAAUUUUGUCAGUUUUUUUUGUUUGAUAGGUUAUUUAUUAAGUCUUUUGUGCAAGAUUACUAGUCUCUUUAGAUAUUCCCUCCCUUCUGUUUGACUCUGUCUACAAGGGCACAAACAGUGAAAACCUGAGUGUGUGUGUGUGUGUGUGUGUAUGUGUAUGAGAGCGAGAGAGUGAGUGAGAGAGAGGAUUGUGGGAUGUGUGAGAUUUGUCUCUUUUCAAUGUCUGUGCCGGAACAUUUGAAAAUGGGAAUGAAAUGCUUUAUCACUUACUAUGAUUAACAAAUUAUAAUCCUUAUGAUUAUCAUUGAUAUUGUUAUUAUUAAUUAUUAUUAUUAUCAUUGUUAUUAUUAAGUGCUGGAUGCUAAGCUUUAUUGUGAAUUUGAUUUUGCUCUUUAAUUUCUUGUACGAGAGCGUGACAAACUCAGAUUUGCCUUCUUUGUGGACAGUAAGCCAUGUGGCUUUUUAGAACCAGUUCUGUCGUGCCAGUUCUGUGCAUUUCUGUUCAAUAUUUCCAACUGUAUUUUGAUUUCAAGAGAAUGGCGAACUCUGGAGAGGCUCAUUGGUUAGAUGUUGUCAGAAAGGGAUUAUACCGCACAUGCUUCUAUAUUACUGACGUACACUAAGUAAUGAAUAUUAUACCAAAAAAUAAUCUAGUAUACUUUGUAUACGUUACAUUAAGUGCUUUUGUUUCAACAGUUCGUGUGCAGGUGCGAAGCUUUGAAUAGUGAUUUCCUUUAUCCAUUUAUCUUUUCUUUCACUAACUUGAGAAUGCACAGAUAAUAUUUGGUGUCAUUAUAUAAUGAAGGGCGCUUUGAGAGUACUUUUUUUUUCUAAGAUAAAUCGCAGCUUUAAUUCUGUCGUGCUUGGAGACAUGCUCAGAGUUUCAUUCACGUGUGCUACUGUAUGCUGUCACCUUGGAUACAGAGGUAUCAGGCCUGGCACUGGCUCGGGGAAUUAUUGAAAAAUGUAC